AGAUAAAUUUUAUCGAGAUAUCAUUGAGAUCUAUUAUCAGAAGCACCCCCAUUCAAGUUGUCAACCAUGGUCGUGAUCUCCGACGCCGCAACUACACCGCUUGUAACCGUUCCGGAGUCAUGGAACCUCGUGAAGCACAUGUCGUGGUGAUAUACUCAUAUAAGCCAAAGCCCAAAGGUCGAAUAAGAGAUUGAGUAUUUCCAACCUUCAAGGUUGAAUACCUUACCUACCUGGCCAUACCCUUCGACAAGAUGUCUUGCACAGAGGGCCGAGAUGCUGAUUUAGAGUUACAAGAACAACCGCAGAUUCUUGUAACCCAUAACGAAGUAUCUUUGGAAAGAGGACCAUCCCAGGAACUAAAGCCCGUCGACGGGGGUCGAGAUGCUUGGACAGUCCUCAUAGGCGGCCUGAUCUUCGAAGCAUUCUUCUGGGGGUACCCGGUCUGCUUCGGAGUCUUCCAAAACUACUACACCAACCAGCCCGAAUUCCGGGAUUCGAGCUCCGACAUCGCGCUCAUCGGCACGCUCGCGCAGGGCCUGGCAAGUCUCGGAGCCCCCUUCUCCGCCAUGCUCACCAAGCGGUUUCCCAAGUAUCAGCAGCAUCUGAUCUGGAUCGGGUGGCCGGUGACUAUCGGCGGGCUCGUCGCAGCCUCGUUCUCGACAUCGGUCGGCGGGCUGAUUGGCACGCAAGGAGUCAUGUAUGGCGUCGGCUUCGUGAUCCUGAGUUAUCCCAUCAUCAACAUGAUCAAUGAAUGGUGGGUGGCGCGUAAGGGCAUGGCCUUUGGGCUCAUUUCUGCCUCGUCUGGCGUAACCGGCGCUUUCCUGCCCUUCCUCAUCGAGUACCUGCUCAACAAGUACGGGUGGAGGACCACGCUGCGCAUAAGCGCCGUAGCGCUGGCCAUGCUUACGGGCCCGCUAGUGCCGCUAUUUAAACCAAGACUCCCCCCAUCCGAGAGCGCCGUGCUGGCGAAGACUAACUGGGCUUUCCUAAAACGCCCGCUCUUCUGGAUCUAUGCGCUUGCCAUCCUUAUCCAGGGAUUGGGGUUCUAUUUCCCCUCCGUAUUCCUGCCGUCUUACGCGGCUUCGGUCGGCAUUCCAGCAGUGAGCGGCGCCUCGCUAUUGGCUCUCAUGUCUGUCGCACAGGUUCUCGGGCAGUUUGCCUUCGGAUACCUAUCUGACAAGACGCUACCGGUCAGUCUAUUGACGAUUGUAUGUUGCGUCGCGGCAUCGUUGGCCUCGUUGACGUUCUGGGGGCUAGGCAAAUCAGUAGCCUUGCUAGCCGUUUUCAGCCUCCUGUACGGGUUCUUCGGCUACGGCUUCAGCACGAUGCGGGUGGCGAUGGGGCGCGCAGUCAGCGACGACCCGUCCAUCGUGGUGUCGACAUAUUCGAUAUUUGUCUUCUUGCAGGGUAUCGGAAACAUUCUCGUCGGCCCUCUUAGCUCAGCGUUGAUGACUCCGUCGACGGAGCGAGGUCAUUUUGCGGCGGGAAAAUACGGCGGCGUGGUUAUAUUAACGAGUUCGUCGUACUUCUUGGCUGCGUUGGUUAUUGGAGGAUGGCAUGGUUAUCAGCGCUUAUUCAGUACGAUAACUCGGUAGUAUAACGUGGUCUAUCUGGCGUGUCUGGCUAUUCGCAUGUGCCGCGUGUAUGUCGAUGCAACGCGGAGCUGCAAGAGUUGGAGCUGCAUCGGAGCUAUAUUGAAGCUACACAAGUGCUCGUCGCACUCGAUGGUUGCUGACUGCGCCUCCCUCCGCGAGAGACUAGUCCAGACGAGUCUAGGCUUAAAUGGGACCACGCGCG